AUGAACAUGCUUGUGAACAGUGCCCAUGGCUCCAACGCGUCACCCCCGCUCACGAACUGGUAUGUCAAUGGCUGUUGGAUCUGUCGCCUCCGCAAAAAGAAAUGCGAUGAAACCAGACCCACAUGUCAACAGUGCCGAAACCUGAAAAUACAAUGCGAUGGUUACGGCGUUGCUCAGCCGGCUUGGAUGAAAGACCCGGAGGCAGCAAAAGUGAAGAAGGAUGAAAUUAAGCUCCAAAUCGGCAAGCGAUGUAGACGAAAGAGGAAGAACCGGGGCAGUACACAGCUGGAUAAUAGGGAAGAUAUGUUUGGGUUUGAAACUAUUGAUGGUGGAAUAUUGAUUCUAAAGCCCUUCAACGAAACUGGAAAAUCCAAUCCUCAAGCCGUUGAAAUGCUCGACUCGCCCCAUCCACCUCUCGGGUGCUUUCGCUGUCCAGUCAGAAACUCCUUCGCGAGGAGUGAACAUCCCCCAUCUGAUUAUGGUCUGCUAGAUGGACGUACAGGGAAGCCUUUGUUGGAAAACAUCAGAUCGGGGGUCCUUUUAGUAACUACACCCCCGCUCUGGAAACCCUUAAAAUCCAUCUGUACAAGGACAAAAGAGGAGGAGACUUUCAAUAAUGAGUAUGACAUUAUCAUAGCAUCGUUUAUGUCAUCUAAUAGUCAAGCCCUGGGACCAUUGGAAACCUCAGAUUAUCCAACCUCAGAGAUGAAACUCAUCAAGAAUUACAUCCGAAACGUACCGCCAACGCUAUCCAAUUGGAAGCCGCACCUUGAAGCCGCAAUUGAAUGUCUUGUUCAAAUGGAUCUUCUCAAUAAACCGAUCCACACUGCUACUACGCAAUUCAUGAUGUCGCGUGUCAUUUGGCUCGACAUACUCUCGGCACUAACACUUGGACGUGCUCCACAAUUAUGGGCAAACUAUCGGGAGAUACUGUCCCGGCCUGUACAUGAGAGAUCCUACUGCGGGUUGCUGGAAAUGACAGGCUGUGAUGAUACAGUAUUGUUUCUUAUAUCUGAGGUUAUGUGUGUCGAGGAUUACAAAUUCCGAUCAUUCGACGACGGUGUGCUUAGCUGGACUAGAGGCAGGAGCAGAGCAAUGGAGUUGGAUACACGCUUGAGAGACCGGGAUCUACCCGUUACCGUACAAUUACCCCCUUCUCCAGAACCGCCGGAGGCGUCACUACAAUCACACGACGAUUACGAUUCAGACGAUGACACCAACAGUUACUUUCUGUCACCAUCACCAUCGUGGACAACUUCGAGCCCGCGGAGUCCUUUAGCUGAAUAUGAGAGCCCGCACCACCCAUUUACAUCACCGGGCCCUAAUGUUGAAGCUUCUAUUUGGACACCUCCAAGUUCUUCGACUGAAAGCGUUCUCACCAUCAGGGAGCAAUCGGUCUUGGACUGCGCAGACUACUCUAGCGAAUACGAAAUACCCCCGGAGGCAAUCCCUGACCAAGUUCCAAUCAGGCUCAAUAGAACUAUCAUGUGGCCAUUGCUUGUCGGGGGCUGUAUCGCCAUUGAACCGCAGGAUCGCGAGUAUUUUGCUAGCCGUUGUACAUGUGGUGGGGUUUUAUCUGGGGUUGCAGCAAUCAUGCUAGAGGUAUGGAAGCGAAGCGACGAAAGGGACUUAAAGCAUGGGGUCGGCCGCGGGCAGGAGGUCCAUUGGAGGACUGUUAUGAGGGAUCUGGGUAUGGAGUUGUUGUUAGUUUGA